CUAAUGUACAGUUUCGCUAAUUCUGUUUAUUCCUAGAAUAAUUCUGAGAAGGAAGAAAGGUCUUGCAAAAUAAUGAUGUAAGAAAAUCAGAUGAACAGCAGAUCUGUGUUUUAUCAUAGGUAGAAUUUUUAUGGUUCGCAGAAGUUUUAGCAAACUCAUCAUGCAGCACCUCAGUGAUUAGCACCUACAGCCACCAAAUAGCUUGGCAGUCAACCAGAAUGAAGCACACUCAAAGAAAAGACAGAGUCAUAUCUUUAUUGUUGCCUCUUGGCGAUAUGCAUGGCAGAUGCCUUUCAUGGACAGCCAGCAGAUGUGAUGUCAGACAGAGCUUCAUCUUAGGAAGCAGUUUCACUUCCUGUUGCUUUGACACUUUCAAGUGUUUCAACACCCAAAGGACUACAGAGGAAGAGCUUAGCAGUACCGACUCCACCUGAGCAAUUCUUCUUUUAAAAACAUUUUAAAAAAUACCAAAAGCAUUGAAGAAUUAUGAAAAUCACCUUUUUCUUUGCUGUGCUGUUCUUGCUUGAUCUCUUUGUUUGCUGUCAUACUUACGACCAAUAUUCCUUGCCUGACAUAGAAGAUGCAAAGUUCAUUGAAGACUGUGUGAGAGCUCACAAUGACUUCCGAUCCAAAGUGAAUCCACCAGCCAGCAAUAUGCUUCGUAUGUCCUGGGACCCUGCUUUAGCUAAGUCUGCUAAAGCAUGGGCAAAGAGGUGCAUGUUUGAGCACAAUAUCUACCUUAAAAUACCACGGAAGAUGCACCCCACCUUUACAUCUAUUGGAGAAAACAUCUGGACUGGCACCGCCAUCAUCUUUUCUGUGCACACAGCUCUGACUGACUGGUAUAAUGAAGUCAGCAGCUACGAUUUCAACACCCGUCACUGCACUGACAAAUGUGGUCACUACACGCAGGUUGUUUGGGCAACAAGUUACAAAGUUGGCUGUGCAGUUCACUUCUGCCCUAGAAUUCACAAUCUUCAAGGAUUCAACAAUGUGGCACAUUUUGUUUGCGACUAUGGGCCAGCGGGGAAUUACCCAACAAAACCUUAUAAAGCAGGACGACCAUGUAGUGGAUGCAGUAGCGACCAGUGUGUAGGAAAUCUCUGUGUAAAUGCAGAACGUGAGAAACUUAUAAGUUAUACCAACUGGUAUCCGGACUGGGACACUCAGCCUCCAGCCCCUCAGCCUCCGGCCCACACACCCACAGCUGGGCAGCUGCAUUCUUCUUGUGACCACUACUGUAUUAGUGUCUUGAUUUUAAGGCCACUAUUUUUGGUACUGAGUGCUGUAGGUGUUCGUUUAGUACAGCGGUGGUUUCCACACUCGUUUAUGUAUGUGUAAUGAUUGUUAAGAUACUGAUAGCGAUUCUACCAUUCCAUUAGAGAACUGCAUGUUUGAUAAAAAAAAAAGCCAUCUCUGCUA